AAAUCCGAUUCCCCCAUUUCACGCAGGUCCAUCCUCCGAUCUAGGGCUAUUAAAAAACUUCGAAGCUCGAGCUCAGCUAGUUGACAGCGCUACUCUCCGUCCGCCUUCCAAACUCCGGAGUCCCGACCUCCUCGCCAACCAAUCCAUCAACCGUUCCAACGAUGUGCUCCUGCGCCUGCGCGGGCCUCCCCCACCCGUUCUUCGGACCCGCUCCAAGCCCAAAGCCCAGACACGCCUCCUCGCGCGGCCCUGUCCAGGCCCGACGCGUCCUCAUCGCGCGUGCGGGCGCGGCCGCCCGGGACGACGCGCCCGCACCGCCGUCCAGUUUCGACUUCCUCGCGCUGAAGCGGGAGCUCGAGGAGGAGGAGGAGGAGGCGGUGGUGGCUGUCGAGGCGGAGGAGAGAGGAGGGGGAGACGGGGCUACUACCGAGGGCGAAGACGGUGGAGUGAGGGAGGCGGAGAGGAGUGCGGGUGGUACGAGGAGGCGGCGGCGGAGGCAGAUGGUGAGGCGUUCGGCGCUGCUCGCGAAGCAGGUGGUCAGCGUGCGCUCGGCGCGGAGCCUCGGGUUCGUGUCGCAGCUCUGGGUCGACGCCGCCUCGUGGAUUGUUGCGUUGGUUGAAGUGAGGCCAAGCUUGCUUUCAGGAGAAGCAGAGAAAUUCCUUUUUGAGGACAUAUAUCAGGUUGGAGAUGUGGUGCUUGUUGAGGAUGAAUCUGUGAUUGAGAAUGAACAUAAACUGGUUGGAUUGCACAGCUUGGUGGGCUGCAAUGUUGUAACUUCCAGGCGACGCAAUGUUGGUAAGGUGCGUGGCUUCACAUUUGACAUCAACUCAGGUGCUAUGGAGUCUCUUGAGCUUGACUCAUUCGGGCUCUCUAUUGUCCCUUCUAGUCUGGUAAGCACAUACUGUUUGUUUGUGCAAGAUGUGCUAGAUAUAGUCUCUGAUACAAUCGUGGUGCAUGAAGACGCGGUUUCUCGGGUUCAACGGUUAACACAGGGCAUUUGGGGCACUCAAAACAUCGGCGGACCUGGUGGUGGGAUGGACGAGUACGGUAGAUUUGGGAGAAGAGCAAAUAGUCAGGGAAAUUCUGGUGGCCGAAAACUCCGUAGGAAGUCGAGGGAUCCGGAGGAUGAAUGGGAGCUGCCGAUGGAUUAUUGACAGAUCGUACAAGUUGCAGCUGUGCAGGGCGAGAAGUUUUGCCUUGCUCUUCUGGUUAGUGCCAUUUCUGUGCUGCAAUAGUGAAUGCUAGGAUAUGCUAUAGUUGUUGUACAUAUUGGCGGAUCACGAUUCACGAAAGGGUGGCCCUUUCUACCUGGCCGUCGUUUGGUCGCUUUGGGCCGGUGGAUUAGUGAAAAGCGAAUUCAUUUUGCCACGCAAUAAUGGAACCCCUUUUGACUUGGCCGACA